CCAACCUUCACUUUGCAUAAUAAAGCUGCUUCUCAUCUCUCAGCAGGACACACGAAGUGCGUUGGACCCCAAAACACGCAGAGGUUCACUUUCGUCUCACAUUGUGUAUCAUCAGUGGCUCGCUGUCACAAUGGAUGUCUCUCCCGUCUCUUUACCCUGUCAUUUUAUGAUGAAGCCUACAGACAAACCCUACAUACCUAGCUAGCAAUACAUUUAGAUUCCUCCCCAUUAAGCGCUAAUAAAACUGACCUAAGGGGGAACUUUUCUUAUUUAUAAACAAAUAAUACCUCAUUAGACGCCGUUAAACCAGAAUAAAUUGGCUUUAUUUAACUCUGAUUGUUUUAAUUUGUUAUCAAUUUGAAAGUAGUAAUGGAUACAACCACAUUAGCAACCCUGGCUGCUGCCACUACAAUGGCUGUGGCCUCAGGGACCGCCAUGACAGGCUACAUGUGGCUGCUGGUGUUAGGCUUCAUCAUUGCCUUCAUCCUGGCGUUCUCUGUGGGAGCCAACGACGUGGCCAACUCCUUCGGUACUGCAGUGGGCUCCGGAGUGGUUACCUUGCGUCAGGCCUGCAUCCUGGCCACUAUCUUUGAGACGGUGGGCUCAGUGCUGCUGGGGGCCAAAGUCAGCGAGACCAUCCGGAAGGGCAUCAUUGACGUCAACAUGUACAACGGCUCCGAACACGUCCUCAUGGCAGGGUCGAUAAGUGCGAUGUUUGGCUCUGCUGUGUGGCAGCUAACUGCAUCAUUCCUGAAGCUCCCCAUUUCUGGAACGCACUGUAUUGUUGGAGCAACAAUCGGCUUCUCCAUGGUAGCCAAAGGUCACCAAGGGGUCAAAUGGAUGGAGCUUCUGCGCAUUGUGGCGUCGUGGUUCUUGUCCCCGAUGCUGUCAGGCAUCAUGUCAGGAGUCCUCUUCUAUUUGGUUCGCAAAUACAUUUUGAACAAGGCUGACCCUGUACCUAACGGACUCAGAGCUCUUCCCAUCUUUUACGCCAUCACUAUGGGCAUCAACGUCUUCUCCAUCAUGUUUACAGGAGCCCCAAUGCUUGGUUUUGACAGAGUGCCGUGGUGGGGAACACUGUGCAUUGCGUUGGGCUCUGCCUUCGCCACAGCUUUGUUCGUUUGGUUCUUUGUUUGUCCUCGUCUGAAGAAAACAAUCCGACGAGAAACAGCUGCUUCUCCUUGUGAAACACCAUUAAUGGAGAAGAACUCCAGCAAACCAGCGCCAGCCGAGCAGCAAUCCACUCCUCAGCACCCUCAACCCCAGGCGCCUCCAGUAGAAAGUCAGAGAGUGGCUUUCAAACUGGGAGGCUCAGAGGAAGCAGAUUUGGACAACAAUGACAUGGAAACCAAAGACUUGGAUGCCAGCAAUGGUGUGAAUGGCACUUUCGGGCCCAUGAUGAUCACUGAUCCUCACAGUGGACGGUCCCACACCAUCCACAAAGAUUCAGGCCUGUACAAAGACCUACUGCAGAAACUUCACGUGUCUAAGGUUGGUGACUGCAUCGGCGACAGCGAUACAGAGGAGCGGCCCAUCAGGAGGAACAACAGCUACACCUCCUACACCAUGGCGAUUUAUGGCAUUCAAGGAGAUCCUAAAAACAAGGAGGUCGAUGGUGCGUUGCAGGGAAGACCCAGAGUGGACAGUUACAGCAGCUACAGCUCGGCAGUGACCAACGGGAGUGUGGUCAAAGAGGAGAAUGUGACACAAGAAGCUGGCCCUGAGCCUGCUUUUGAAGAAGAUGAGCUAGAGCUCGACCAACCAGCUGUCGCCAUGCUUUUCAAGUUCCUGCAGAUACUCACAGCGUGCUUUGGCUCUUUCGCUCACGGAGGGAACGAUGUCAGCAAUGCGAUUGGUCCACUGGUGGCUCUCUGGCUUCUGUAUGAGAGCGGCUCUGUGAUGUCCAACGCACCAACACCUAUCUGGUUGCUUCUUUACGGCGGAGUGGGCAUCUGCGCUGGACUUUGGGUAUGGGGACGCAGAGUGAUGCAGACCCUGGGCAAAGACCUUACACCCAUUACCCCCUCCAGUGGAUUCAGCAUUGAGCUAGCUUCAGCGCUCACAGUUGUUGUGGCAUCAAAUGUUGGUCUUCCCGUCAGCACAACCCACUGCAAGGUGGGAUCUGUGGUGGCUGUGGGAUGGCUGCGCUCCAGGAAAUCAGUGGACUGGCGUCUGUUCAGGAACAUCUUCAUUGCCUGGUUCGUCACGGUUCCUAUCUCCGGGCUUAUCAGCGCUGCCAUCAUGGCUCUCUUCAUACAUGUCAUUCUGUGAGCUGCUCAGCUGCACACUUUUUGUAAGACUGACUGAUAAAACUGUGUUAAAAAAGAUAUUCCACCUGGUCUAUUAAAAUUAUGUUUAUAAUAAUAUUUCUUUUCAAGGUGGAGCCAAUGAUUUUAUCUCAUAGAAAUGUGUCCAUGAAUGAUGUAGGAUCAAAUGCCACUGUUCACUUUUAUAAUAUCCUGUGAUUUUGUUUAUCCCGAUGUAUAUUUGUAUAAAAACAAUGUGUAUUAAAAAUCAGAUAAUUCAAUUUUGA